GACUUGGAGUUCGUGGCACGCAGUUACUUUAUAGCUAGCUACUUUUUGCCCACGGAACUUCUCUACCCGACCCGACCCAAUAAGACAAAAUACCAACCCCGAUAAUCAGAAUCAGAUUACCAGGUGACUUCGUCUUCACCCACAGAGAAACCAAAAAUGGCUUCACCAACUACACCUGACAACCAAAAACCUGCUAAGCGAGUUGCCGUUGUUGGUGCCGGUGUCAGUGGUUGUGCUGCUGCUUAUAAGUUAAAGUUACAUGGAUUAAAUGUCACUGUCUUUGAAGCUGAUGGGAGAGUAGGCGGGAAACUACGGAGCGUUUCGCAAGAUGGUUUAAUAUGGGAUGAGGGUGCCAAUACUAUGACUGAGAGUGAGGCAGAGGUCAGCAGUUUGAUUGAUGAUCUUGGGCUUCGAGAUAAACAACAGUUUCCGAUUUCACAGCACAAGCGGUACAUUGUAAGAAAUGGAAAACCUGUACUGAUACCUUCUAACCCAAUUGCACUGAUCAGAAGCAGUUUUCUUUCCACUCAGUCGAAGGUUCAAAUUCUUUUGGAGCCGUUUUUAUGGAAGAAGAAUAAGUCAUCUGACGCACCAGAGAGUGUUGGAGAAUUCUUUCAACGUCAUUUUGGGAAGGAGGUUGUUGAGUAUCUCAUUGAUCCAGUUGUUGCGGGAACAAGCGGCGGAGAUCCCGAAUCACUUUCUAUGCGUCAUGCAUUUCCUGAGUUAUGGGAUUUAGAAAGAAGGUUUGGUUCAAUCGUUUCUGGGGCGUUUCAGUCUAUGGUAUCUUCCAGAAAUGGGAAAAGGAAACCUUCUGGAAACAGCAAACGUAGGCGUGGUUCUUUUUCGUUUUUCGGUGGAAUGCAGACACUCACUGAUGCACUAUGCAAAGAGAUCGGACCCCAUGAACUUAAUCUUCAAUCAAAGGUGCUUGAAAUGUCCUACAACUGCGAUGGUAACGCGGUUGGUAAUUGGUCAAUAUGUUGUGCUCCAGAUCAAAACAAACAAUUUCAGCAAUCUUUCGAUGCUGUGAUCAUGACUGCCCCACUUGGCAAUGUAAAAGAAAUGAAGAUUACAAAGAUCGGAAGUCCGUUUCCGCUUAAUUUCAUACCAGAGGUGAGUUAUAUGCCAAUAUCAGUAAUAAUCUCGACUUUCAAGAAAGAAAACGUGAAGCAGCCCCUCGAGGGUUUUGGAGUUCUUGUUCCAGCCAAGGAGCAGAAAAAUGGUUUGAGGACACUAGGCACUCUCUUCUCCUCGAUGAUGUUUCCAGAUCGCGCCUCGGAAGACGUGUACCUUUACACCACCUUUGUUGGGGGUAGUCGAAACAAAGAACUGGCCAAAGCUUCGAGGGACGAGUUGAAGCAUAUAGUAACUUCUGACCUCAGACUGUUGCUUGGAACAGAAGGGGAGCCAAAAUUUCUAACUCACUAUUAUUGGAGCAAAGCAUUUCCAUUGUAUGGGCGCGGCUAUGGUUCAGUCAUUGAAGCAAUUGAGAAAAUGGAAAGGGAGCUACCCGGAUACUUUUAUGCAGGUAACCACAAAGGAGGGCUCUCUGUCGGGAAAGCAAUAUCCUCGGGAUGCAAAGCAGCCGAAUCUGUGAUCGCAUACUUGGAUUCUUAUUCGGACGAGAAGUAGAAGGAUAAUGUUGGAUUAUGUGAUAACUGGGUUGUCCAGAGAAUGUAGAUCAAAAGAAUUUUUGUUCAUUUGAGGUUGGAUAUAUUUGAUGAAAAUUCGGCAUGGCUUUUCGUUGUGUGUUUUUGAAGGUGAGUGAGGGUGGCGAUGCUGUAUAAACUUAUUGUUGGAGCAAAGCUUAACUAAUGACAUGUUUGAAUAAUGUAUCUUAAAUAUCAAAAUAACAUGAUUAAUUUAUGAUAA